AGACAUGUAGUCGGGAUAUGAAAUUGUUACAGGACUCGCCCCAAAAUAAAGUCGUUUCAUGAGAGCGGCGGAAAGGAAAAUUUUGGGGGGAAAAGUAGAUAACUCACGACUCAACUCAAGUACAAAACUGAUGUUUUGCCAGUAGUAUAAUAAAGUGGGGUUUUCAUUUUUGACUUGAAAGUUGAUCUGCCAGAGAAACAACACGAGGGCGUUGAUUGAGUGUAAUGGAUUUAGAAGGAAGCCCAGUAAGCAAUGGAUUCCACAUGCCUGCUGAAUGGGAGCCCCAUUCCCAGACUUGGCUGGGUUGGCCUGAGCGUGGUGAUAACUGGCGAGAUAAUGCCGUGCAUGCUCAGAUUGUAUUUGCGAAGGUGGCAGCUGCAAUUUCAAAAUUUGAGCCAGUCACAGUCUGUGCUAGUGCUGCUCAGUGGGACAAUGCACGCAGACAGUUACCACAUAAUGUCAGGGUCAUCGAAAUGAGCAUGAAUGAUUCUUGGUUUCGGGACUCUGGGCCAACUUUUGUUGUGAACAAGAGCAAAUUAGGACCAGGUAGUACAAAAGAUAAAGUUGCUGGCAUCGAUUGGAACUUUAACAGCUGGGGUGGUGCUGAGGAUGGUUGCUACACUGAUUGGAGUCUCGACCUUCUUGUUGCUAAAAAGAUAAUUUCUGUUGAAAGGCUUCCUAGGUUUCCUCAAUCUAUUAUUCUUGAAGGCGGUAGCAUCCAUGUUGAUGGAGAAGGAACUUGUCUUACUACUGAAGAGUGCCUCUUGAAUAAAAACAGGAACCCACACCUUACUAAAGUACAGAUUGAGGAUGAACUCAAAGCAUAUUUGGGUGUCAAGAAGAUUAUAUGGUUGCCUCGUGGAUUAUUUGGUGAUGAUGAUACUAAUGGUCAUGUGGACAAUAUGUGCUGCUUUGUUAAACCUGGUGUGGUUUUGUUAUCAUGGACUGAUGACAAAUCAGAUCCGCAUUAUGAGAGAGGUGCCGAAGCCUUGUCUGUUCUUUCCAACUCUACAGAUGCUAAUGGUAGACAAUUUCAUAUCAUUAAACUCCACAUUCCUGGACCACUUUACAUGACUCAGGAGGAAGCUGACGGAGUUAUUCAGGAUGGGAAUGGUAAACCUAGACUGGCAGGUACGAGGCUUGCUGCUUCCUAUGUAAACUUCUACAUUGCCAAUGGAGCUAUCAUUGCACCACAGUUUGGGGAUAAAAAGUGGGAUGAUGAAGCCGUCCGUGUCUUGUCUCGGGCAUUUCCAGAUAACGAAGUUGUAAGAAUUGAAGGUGCGAGGGAGAUUGUUCUGGCCGGUGGAAAUAUUCACUGUAUCACACAACAGCAACCUGCUUGUCCAUGAUCAUUACCAAGUCAAUUGACAUGUGUGACCAUGCAUCUGUGUCGUAAGAGCAGCUUCUCAAUGUAUUCAGUUGCAGAAAUGUUAGUAGACAUAGAACGCCAUUUUAAUUACAGCUUUUCAUCCGUAACAAUCAUUACCACAAUUGUCAUGGUUUUAAUUGAUUUUGCAAACGUUUAUCAGACUCAUCAGCCGGGAUCCUUGACAUAUUUUCUAUGUAGUUUUAAAAAAGUUUCUAAUUUCUUAAAAUUCAGCAUUCCGCUGCAACUUAACUUAUCAUUUUAUUCUAUUUUUAAAUUUUUCUGUUUCGUGCAGUGCAUUGUGCAGUCUAUACUUGCAUGUUGUCUAUGUUUUCUUAAUGAAAAGUUAAGUUGUGCGUCUGGAAAUAUUUCCCAUGAGACUCACUUCUCAGAUGCAACACCUUUGUUUUCAGUUCUGAUACUCCUGAGCCACUCAUCCAACCUAAUAUGCAUUUAUAAAUUUUUCAUGCUUGUCUAUUUGUAGUUAUAUGCAUUAUGAAAAAUCGAAUAACAUCGUUUUUCAAUUUAAAAUAUAUAGAUUAAUUGUUUAUAUAAUUUGUUAAUACUAUUGUAAAUCGCGGUUCAACAUCAUCCAACAAUAAAUUUUAUUUUAUUUUUUGACAGAUCGUCCAACAAUAAUUGUAUCUGUGUUGAUUAGAUAUCUAGAACUAGAGGUGAACACGGGUUGGGUUGGGCGGUUUCAAGGCAAAAAACGACCCAACCCAAUAUAAUCGGUUUAUGAAAAAAUUAACCCAAUCACUCAAAUAUAUUUGUCUAACCCAACCCUAUUAUUUAUAGGUCGGGUUGGGUCGGUUUGGGUCGGGUUAAUUGGGUUUAUUCUUCCGGUCAAAAUUCAAACUCAAAAUAGAAGUUUAAAAUUAUUAAACAUUUGUCAAGGUAUCAUUAAACAGAAUUGAUUAGCAACGUUAAAGCAGAGAUUAUGAUUUUCUCUAUCUUAGUUUCCAGCGCCCUAAAACCUACUAUUAGGACAAACUAUCAGUACAGAAAAGUGUAUAUUUUUCCCUCUGUUCGGACGUGGUGUAGAAUUAGGACUAGCAAACCAUGGAUCCAUUUAUUUAUUAAAUAUAGAGAAUUGAUAAAUAAGCUCCACAUUUUACUAUUUAAACUCCAAUUCCAUAUUUUAUACCACAUUUGCCCAUAUUUUCUACACAUGUUUCAUCCAUAUUAUAGGUGAUUAUGCUCUUUGGGUAGAAGAAAAAAUUGAAAUGAAGCUUAAAUUGUAAAGUUUGGAGCUUAUUUAUCAAUUUCCUAAAUAUCUAUACUAUACUAUACUAUACUAUAAUAAGCCAACAUAGGGAUAAUUUGUAGUCCUACUUUUUCUUCUCUUUUUUUGGUUUCGUCUCGUUUUUUGGUUUCGUCUCGUCUCGAUGCUACGCUGAUGUUAAAAACAGUUUCCUAUUAGUACUCUCUCUCCGAGCAGAGAUUGACUUUGCAGACAAUACUAACAGUCCGCUAAUUAGCCCGCUGUAGAUACAGAAAAUAUAACAAAAACCCAUAUACAAAAACUCUUUAAAACCUCAAAAUUUUUGAAGAAUUGAAGCGAUGGGAGCUUAUAUACCCUAUUAUGGAACAGAGUUUGUGCUGGAUGUGAUUGCAAGUUUGGGUUUGGUUUUGUUUGCUGGGCUUGAGGUUCUUAUCAAGUCUGGGCGGCCUCAAGAUCGUAAGCAUGCUGCGAAAAUAUACCCGGUGGUAAAAAAUCAGCACCUAUUGCUUUGCACACUUUUGAUUGGUAAUUCUUUAGCAAUUCAUGUGCUACUUUUCAUUCUAUCUCUCAACAACACUACUUAAUUCAUCUCCCAUGAAGGUAUGUUCUGCAACAUAUAUAUGAAUAUGAGUUCUCUAUGUUCUAAAUAAGUAGCUUUCUUUGUUAUCCAUUGUUUAUUUAUCUUAAGUUAAGCAGUUUUUUUGUUGUAUUGGAUAUUGUAAUUUUUAUAAGCUGGUGAUUAAUUUGUCAAACUACUUUGGUGUUAUAUCAUUUUGAUUCUCAAGGCAUUUCAUAUAUAUAUUUUUAUAAUUAAUAUUGGAUAUAUCUCACACUUUGCGAACAUCUGCGAGUGAAUGAUUUGUUCAGCUGCUUCUAAGGAAAGGUUCGGAGCAGAUAAUUGGCUGAUACAAUUCCCUUCUGUCCUCCAAAGAUCAUUACUGACCACGGUCUUCUGUUGUGGGACAGUGGAAUUCAAUUUAGACGAACUCGGCCUGUUCUCUGUUUGAAGGAUAUUGUGGCGAUUCAUCCGACUCAAUACGCGUCUGAAAGGAUUAUUGGUCGAUUGAAGCUUAUUAAACAAGGAACUCCGUUGUUCAUGACAUGGAUUCCGUACAAAGGACAGAGCUCAAAUGCGAGGGUUUCUGAAAAUGACAAGAAUCUUUAUACUAUAAGGGCAGUGCCUUUUACAGAGAUUAGGUCGAUUCGCAGGCACACUUCUACCCUUGGGUGGCAAUACGUAAUUGUUGUUCUGUCAUCAGGUUUAGCUUUUCCUCCUCUUUAUUUUUAUAAUGGAGGAGUUCAAGAUUUUCUUGCUACAAUAAAAGAAACAUGUUCAUCUUGUCAGGUUUUUUGCUAUGUUUUGUGAACUGUGUUGCAAGUAUUCCAGCAGCUGGAAAUUGAUUAUGUGAUCGGAGAGAGUCACAAAGAGUUGUUGCCUAAUUCUUCUGAUCCUGCUGCUAUUAUUCGAAUCUUUGGCGUCACAAGAGAAGGUAUCAAUUAUCAUACUGAUAUGCAUCUUUCUAGCUUCUCACAAAAGAGACCCAAUCAAAUCCUCAGGUCAACUCCUCCACCCCAUCUCUACUUACAUGCUCUCUAUAUCUCUAUUAUAUCUGCUACCUAUCUAUUGUUCAAAUUAGUGCUUUUCUGGGGUUUGUCCAACUCCAAUAUAUUGUAUGUUUAAUUUAAUUAUUGAUAGUAUCAAACUGAUAAUUGGGUUAUUUUUAUUAUUAAUGUUCAGAUUCUUGGGUUAUGUUUGUUUACAAUGAUUAUAAUCUUAGGACUAUUAUUGAUUAAUGAUUACUGUAUAGUUCUUUUUCAGGGAAGGUUAAUCGAAUUUUUCCCCAAGGUGGUAUUAUAUCUGGGGAAAUGAACUUCGAAUUGGCUGACAUUUGAAGAACAAUUUUGCAAUUUGCUAUGCAUGAAUUGGGUCUUUCCUCUCGGAAGCCUUACAAGAAAUGUGCAAGCUCAAGUAUUACUAAAGAAUGAAGUUCGAGUCAUCCUUGGACCCCAAACUACUCCUGAAACAAAUUUUGUUGUUGAGCUUGGAGCAAAAUCUCAAGUUCCUAUUGUCUCCUUUUCGGCAACAAGCUCUUAUCUAUCACCUGUGCGGAGCCCUUACUUCAUUCAGAUGGCAGGGGCUGAUUCUUCUCAAUUGAAAGCUAUUGCUUCCAUAUUUAAAGGAUUUGGAUGGAAGGAAGUUAUCUUUGUCUACGAAGACACUGGCUACCAAGAUGGAUUGAUUCAAUAUUUAAGUGAUGCAAUGAGGGAGGCCGACAUUCAGAUAUCUAUGUCAAGUGCUAUUUCUAUUUCUGCUAAUGAUUUACAGAUAGAAGAAGAACUUCUCAAGUUGAAAUCAGCUUCAAGUAGGGUGUUCUUGGUUCAUAUGGCUCCCCCCCUUGGAUCACGAUUUUUUCUUCAGGCAGACGCUGCAGGAAUGAUGAGUGAAGGAUAUGCAUGGUUAACUACUGAUGGUUCGAAUACGUUUGCUUCUAUGGAUGCUACAGUUAGAGAUGCAAUGCAAGGUGUUCUGGGCAUAAGGCCUUAUGUACCCAAGUCAACAAAGCUUACAGCUUUUAAAAUGAGGCGGGGAAGGGAAUUGCAAUGCACGAAGCCUAAAGCUGAGCUUAAUAUUUUUGGAUUAUGGGCAUAUGAUGUAGUUUGGGCAUUAGCUAUGGAAGUAGAGAGGGUGACACCAGAUCAUAAUGCAGACCAUAAAGAAAAUUUAGGCAUUUCUGAAUUAGGCCCAACAUUUUUGAAAGAACUCUUGCGCACUAGGUUCAAGGGCUUAAGCGGAGAAUUCAGUCUGGUAAAUCGCCAGUUGCAGAUAUCAGAUUUUGAAAUACGAAAUGUAAUAGGGAAUGGAGAGCGAUCGAUAGGCUAUUGGACCCCAGACAGAGGAUUGUCGAGAGAUCCAGAUUCAUUGAACAUAUCUUCGACAUAUUCAACUUCUGUAAAUGUUUUGAGAAGCAUCAUUUGGCCUGCAGAUUCAACUUUCAAGCCGAUGUAUUGGGCAGUACCCACAUCAGGGAAGAGAUUGAAAGUGGGGGUUCCAGUGAAAGAUGGUUUUACUGAAUUUGUGAAACUUCAGCAGUUUCAAAAUACUGCGGAGUAUAAUAUCACCGGUUUUUGUGCAGAUGUAUUCCGAUAAUUAUUAUUAAAUUUGCCAUUCAAAAUUGAGAAUCCUCAAUAUAUCCCUUAUUAGAACCUGACUACAGGAAGUGCUGGGAGUUACGAUGAUCUUCUUACACAGCUUGAAGAAAAGGUGUGGUGAUUCUAAUAUUGGAGCACCGUGCAAAUGACCCGGGAAAACUUGAAAAGGUGAUUUGGUUUCCAUUUGGCUCUCUUGUUUUUGCUGAAAGGAAUUUGGUUACUAGCAAAUGGUCUCAAUUUGUAUUUGUGAUCUGGUUGUUUACGGCAUAUAUUGUGAUGUAGAGUUACACAGCCAACUUAUCUUCAAAUAUGGCUAUUUCUUGGCUACAACAUUCAACAGACAAGCUUUAUUGUAUUGGUUUCCAAGAUGGUUCUUUCGUGAAGGAGAUACUAAUCAAGAGAUUGGACUUCAACAUAUCGAGAAUUAAGUCUUAUGCAAGUGUGGAGCAAUAUCAUGAUGCUCUUUCCAAGGGAUGCCAGAACGGAGGAGUUGAUGCUAUACUUGAUGAGCUUCCCUCCAUCAAGAUCUUUCUUGAUAAAUAUGGUAGAACCAAUCCUAUAUUGCCAUCUGUUUCAUCAUUUCAUGUAAGGAAAUUGUUAAUGUUUCCUAACUGAGAAUCAAGUCUUUUCACUUCCAACUAAGCCAAUAUCAUUCUUAGACUUGUAUUUUGAAAUUAAUUUUGUUAAUGUGUAACUGUGUAAGUAACUAGUGUGCCAAUGCCAAAUAAAUGUUGUUCUGGGUAA